GAUUUGCCAUCACCAGCCUAAAAAUGCACUGCACUUUGACUAUGGAAGCAGAGGCUGUUGAUGGAUAUAUUACAUGUGACAAUGACUAUUCGCCUGAAAGGGAGCACUGCGGCAUGGCCAUCGACCUCACCUCCAGCACUCCCAACGGGCAGCACACCUCCCCCUGUCACAUGGCAGGCACAAAUUCAGUAAAGCUAGAAAUGCAAAGUGAUGAGGAAUUUGACAGGAAGCCCCUGAUUCAUGAAGAUCUUAUCAGAGCUCAUGAUGGAGGAAGCAGCCUGGAAGAUCCCUUCAUUGGGAGUAACGAGAUGGUGGAUAACAGAAAGAUCCAGGAGCUAUCAAGCGAGGGAGGAAUCCGGCUUCCGAAUGGUAAACUGAAAUGUGACGUCUGUGGCAUGGUUUGCAUUGGGCCCAAUGUGCUAAUGGUACAUAAAAGGAGCCACACUGGUGAACGCCCCUUCCACUGUAACCAAUGUGGAGCUUCUUUUACCCAGAAGGGGAACCUGCUGAGGCACAUCAAGUUGCACUCUGGGGAGAAACCGUUCAAAUGUCCCUUCUGUAGCUACGCCUGCCGGCGGAGGGACGCCCUCACAGGACACCUCAGGACACACUCUGUGAGCCAUCCAAGGCUGGGGAAGCCUCACAAGUGCAACUACUGCGGCCGGAGCUACAAGCAGCGCAGUUCUCUGGAGGAGCACAAGGAACGUUGCCACAACUAUCUGCAGAAUGUCAGUCUGGAGGCUGCUGGGCAGGUCAUGAGUCACCAUGUACCUGCUCUGGAAGAUUGUAAGGAACAAGAGCCUGUGAUGGACAACAAUAUUUCUGUGGUGCCUUUUGAGAGACCUGCUGUUAUAGAGAAGCUGACAAGCAACAUGGGAAAGCGUAAAAGCUCCACCCCACAGAAGUUUGUGGGUGAAAAGUUCAUGAGAUUUGGCUAUCCAGAUAUCCCCUUUGAUAUGAACCUAAGCUAUGAGAAGGAGGCUGAGCUGAUGCAGUCUCACAUGAUGGACCAAGCCAUCACCAAUGCAAUCACCUACCUUGGAGCUGAGGCACUUCACCCCCUGAUGCAGCACACACCGAGCACAAUUGCAGAGGUGGCCCCGGUCAUCAGCUCAGCGUACGCUCAGGUCUAUCAUCCCAGCAGGAUAGAGAGGCCCAUCAGCAGGGAAACAGCCGACAGCCACGAGAACAACAUGGAUGGCCCCAUCUCCCUCAUCAGACCAAAGAGUCGAAUCCAGGAUAGAGAGGGCUCCCCCAGCAAUAGCUGCCUGGAUUCUACUGACUCAGACAGCAGCCACGACGACCGCCAGUCCUACCCAGGAAACGCUGCCUUAACCCCCAAGAUAAAGCCAAACCCGGCUUAUGUGAAGGAGGAGGCCAAGCCUUUGGAUGUCACAAAAGCUUCUAAGGGCUCUUUCAAGGAUAUGUACAAGGUGAUCAACGGAGAAGGGGAGCAGAUUAGGGCUUUCAAGUGCGAGCACUGUCGCGUCCUCUUCCUGGACCAUGUCAUGUACACCAUCCACAUGGGCUGCCACGGCUACCGGGACCCGCUGGAGUGCAACAUCUGUGGCUACCGGAGCCAGGACCGCUAUGAGUUCUCGUCGCACAUAGUCCGGGGGGAGCACACAUUCCGCUAGGCCUUCUCAUCCAAAGGGGACUCCUAUGAAGUACAAGAACUGCACAUGAAGAAAUACUGCACUUACAAUCCCACUUUUCCUCAGACAUUGAGACGCCUAUUUUGUUGUUGUUGCUGUUGUU